CUUAAGUUGGAAGUUUACAUUUCUGUUAGUGCCGCUUGUGCUCUUUUCAUCCUAGCGUUGCCUGCUCGCCUCCUGGUCUUCACUACUUUAGGCUCGGAGGGCAGCCCCUCGUGUAUGAACCCUCACUACAUGGAUAGGCAUGCUUGAUCAUCGUAUACCUUCCUGUCGCCUGUUCGUAAGCUGCACAGUGGCGACGGUCCAAUCAAGUGACCAGCCCCCCUGGGCCCUUUUGGGCCGCAAUGGGCAAAGACCAAUGCCUUAAGCGUGAUCGAGAAGCGUCCUAUCCACACAGCCUCGAUGCACUGGAUAGCCUCUCUCCCGACCUUUUCAAGACACCUGUUCCUUGGAAUGUGCCUGUCAAGUCAACUAUUCCCUACCGUCAAUUGCGAACAUAUGACUUCGUCGGCAUUGCUUGUCCUACACCGCGGACUCCAAGGACUCGAGUGCUAUGGCACUUGCUUGGGCUAGCCAUCAUCGCCCUCGUCGUUCUCCAGGCGCUCUCUUGUAGAUUAUUCUUCUGUGUAGCACUGCCAGUUGGCAGGACCUCGUAUAUGGACCUUCGGGAGGUCUUCACGGAGUUUCGACUAUUUAACCAAGGCAACUCAUGGCAAAGUGUGAAGCCAGCGGACCCUGCGCCUAUGCUCAUUCCAAGGAUCAUUCACCAGACGUACAGGACACGGCAAGUGCCGGCGUCCUUACUCGCCGUGAUGCAGUCCUGGACACGGGUCAACGGCCAAGGCUGGCAGGCGCGUUUCUACGACGACGGGGCGUGCAUUGACUUUGUUCGACGUGAAUUCCCGGAGUACCUCGACGCUUACUUGUCUCUGCCGAAAGAUGUGGAGCGCUCGGACUUCUUCAGGUACAUGGUGGUGCUGCGGCUGGGCGGCGUGUACGCGGACAUUGACGUGGAGCUGCGGCAGCCGCUGGACUCGGUGCUGGGGCCCACCGACACCCUGGUGGUGGGCUGGGAGGCGGAGGUGGCCACGGACGCGGAGGCCUUCAAGCGGCACUUUGUGAGGAAGAGACAGGUGUUGCAGUGGUUCUUCGCGGCCGCCCCGGGCCAUCCGGUGCUCCGAGCCGCCUGCGACCACAUCGCACGCUACGCGCGGCACACCUUCUCCAACAACACCAACCGCGACACGCUGGAGCGCACCGGGCCCGGCAUGUGGACCGACGCGGUGCUGCGGCAUGCGGCGGCGCACCCACCCACACUGGUGAACGACCCCUGGAAGGUGCGUAUCUUGCCUCGAGUGGCGUUUGGCGUGCACCCCGCUGGCAUUGACGGGCUGAGUCCGGAGGCCAAGGAGAUUGUGGUGCUGCACCACUUCCUGGGCAGUUGGAAGAAGCGCGGCGGCUGGCACAAGCGCCGCACCGUGCUGCAGAUUCUGGCGGGUGCGGCCACGGCGGCGCUGCGGCGACACGGCGAGGCGCCGGCGGCCGAGGAGCCCAUCACGCCCUCCGUGCUGCCGCUGUUUCCCGUGUCGGCCGCCUUCUCGCCGCCCUUCACCAUCAUGACGCACCUGAGAGGGGAAGGCGACAUGCAGUCCGGCUCCGAUGUGUCGGCCACGUUGACCAGCUGGGGCACCUGGCAGGCGGCUAUGGCGCGACCCAGCCGCCGCCCGCUGGCGGUGGAGGCGCUGGUGGGCUCGCUGGGGCCGCCCGAGCAGGGCGCGGUGCUCGUGGACGUGUCGGCGGGGCAGGGCUUCUUCAGCCUGGCGGCCGCAGCGCGCGGCUACCGAGUGGUGGCCUUUGAGAGCAGCGCGCGCAGCCUGGAAGCCUUCAGCGCCUCCGUGGUGUAUAACGGCUUCCAGGACCGCAUACGCCUGUACAACGUCAGUCUGGGGGCCGCACCCGCGACGCUGUGCCUGCGCAGGCGGGUUGCUGCCGCCGAUCAGGGUGCAGGCGCCGGGGAUGCGAGUACGGCAGCGGCGGCAGAGGUGAACGACGCGGUUGCGGCUGCGAGGCGGCGCGGGUACGGCGACCGGGAGCUGCAUGCGCUGCCGCAGUCGGAGUGCGCGUCCAUGGCAGUGCGGCAGACGCUGGCGCACAUGCUGAUGGGAGGCGCGGAGGCGGUGCCCUCACCAACUGCUGCUGGCACCCGCACCGGCGCCAGAGCACUAGCAGCUGCGGGCGCUGCUACAGUCGAGGAGAGCAGCAACAGCAACUCCUCGACCGGGUGGAACGAGGCGUCGUUGCCAUUCCGUGUGGGGGCCCUGCGGCUGUCCGCUGACGGCUGGGAGGGCUGGAUUCUGGAUGGAGCGGAGUCCUGGCUGGCUCGGCACCGGCCCGGGGUGGUGCUGCUGGAGUACUCCCCGGCGCUCGUGGAGCGGGCGAGCUACCCGGGGGGUGGCGUACGGCUGCUGCGGCGGCUGUACGACAUGGGCUACGUGCAUGUGGCGCAUGCGGGCCACGUGUGCGACGAGCGCUGGAUCAACAUCAGCAGGGCGCUGAAGGCCGGCGGUGCGACACUGGGCGAUGUGGCCGCCGCGGCACAUGUGGGCAACGCUGCCGGUGCCAGCAAGUCCCCCGGGUCGCCGUGUGCCAGUGGCGCUGGGGACAGCAGUGGAAAUGGCAGCAACGGCGGCGGCAGGGACGGGUGUGCCGUGUCACGUAAGGAGGCUCCUGGACACGGCAUGGGGUCAGCUGCCGGCAGUGCGGCUGGGGCGGCGGCUGCGGGUGAUGGUUCUCUGCCGCACCAGCCCACCUGGUGCAAGUUGAAGCCGGAGCUCUUCUCGCUGCUGACGGAGCGUGCGCGACCCGGCGUGGCGGAGAAUGUGCUGUUCAUCCACCACACUCACGCCAGUGUACGUGACGAAGCGCUGUCACCAGUGCCGGCGGAUCAGUCGGGCCACCGGGAUCAGCCCAGCGCGGCUGCUGCCCAGGCCACGGCCCGCGAUGCCGGGGUUGCAGCAUCCGCGCAGGGCCCGGGUGCUGCAGCAGUGCGUGCCGGCGCUGAGAGCGCAGCAGCGGCCGGCGAAGUCAAGGUGGCCGCAACGGGCAGCCAGGCAGCGGCGGCAGGAAGCGUGUCCGCGACCCAUGUGGAGGGGAUUACGGUGGCUGGGGUCGCCCUGGCAGGGGGCCAGGGUAAUGGUACCAGUGGUGGUGUGCAGGACAAUGUGGCUGUCCGACAGCACCGACCCCAGCGGUUAGGCAGGCGCGUUGCUGGUGCCCUGAGGGGUGAAGUGGCGGUAGCCGGGUAGUGGGGGCUACCGUGUUGAUGGGGCAGGGGAGCGAGGUUGAAUGGCGCCGCGGCUGGUCACAUACCCGCAAGGCUAGCCAGAAGCAUUAGGUGGGCUGCAGGCGGGGCGUGGGCCAGAAUAAUGCAGAAUAAUGGACGUUCGAAACGCUUAAUCUUUUACCUGCUAUUGUGUGGUCAGUUGGUCACUCGCAAGCCGACAAAUUGUACAUACGGAAAAUCGUCGCUGCCCCCCUCUGCCCGCCAAGUGCGGGUUGAACGGUAUACUAAGAGACGCAUAGUGCAGACUUGAUGGUUGGUUGAAGUGGUAAACGGUUCACAUAGCCCUGCGUAUAUUCGGGUUGACGGGGAUGCGGGUAGGAGUAAAACGUAGCGAAAGGACGCGGUCAUGGUCUCUCUUUUCCUUAUUCCAUCUGUUGGCUUCUGGGGCAGUGAAGUAUGCUUUUAAAGUGCGUCGGCUCUAUAUGCAAUUCGGACGUUUGUUACAUGUGUUUUGUGUUCGUGUGUGCUGUUGUUCAGAGUCUCUCGUGCAAAAUUUUGCACUGGCACUUGAAGAGCACGACAGUUGUCAUUAUAUCCCUCUUUACAUGUCGAACGUACAUGCUACCUGACGUAGCCCUCGGAUAUGCUGCACCUGCAUAGGCCCUGCAGGGGGCCCCGUUGCCAGUGCAAGAGUUGCUUAACAUUGGUCACCAAGAUAGUUGCGCAGCGAGGGC